AUGAUGCCAACAGUGAUUAAACAAUAUGAAGACCAACAAGUAUUUUCAUGUAUAUCGACAAACAGCCUGUUCCAUGGAACUGUUUGGUCUUCGUUGAAACGUGCAUCAUUUGUGCUAUGGGAUAAUGUAACAACAACAUUUUCAUGCAAAAGUCGCCUGUUUGAAAUCAAUAUUCAAUUGAAUAAUGCGGGUGCCUAUUUGUUUAGCGAAACUGACAGCGACUUCACAAUUACUGCGUCUCAUCCAUUUCGAAUGAAUAGCAGUGUCAACGUGAUAGUCGAUCGAAUUGGAUAUGGUCAAGGAUGCAUGAUUUCGUCGUCAGUGACAAAUGUGACCAUGAGUUUGCCAGUAUCAGAUCAACUGCUUGGUGCUUCGGUUGGGACAAAGUGCAAUAAACACGCUGAAAUGAACACGAAUUGA